AUGGCUCCACAAACUACCAACUGGGCAGUCGAGAUAGCCAAAGGUCGAAUGGCCACAACUAAAGACGAAUACGAAGAGAUGAAUAACCAGAUGUCACGCAUGGGCUUGAAGGGUGCUUAUAAUCCAGCAAAUGUCUAUCCUGGAUCUCGUUUCACUCCGAGCUCGAAGCCCACACCAGAAGAAUUACACGCCGAUACAUUAGAAAAGCGUUGGAUGAAAAAGUCGAGAAAGAAACAGAGGGAUAUGCUUCUGGAAGCUUGGCCCAAUAUGUCUACUACACAUCGUCCUGAUUACGAGGCAUUCAGACAGGAGUGUACCGGACGCAUACUCAUGGGACUCUCGAAAUUUCAGGAAGCUUACAAGUGGCCUUAUAUCAACCUGCAAGACCUCAGUAGCAAAUCUCUGAUCAUUUUCAUCAUUAGUCAAGGACACAACCCUCCAAGCGCGUUUGCUCGCGCCGACCUCAAUGCAACACACCUUGGAACUGUUGCGCAUUUUAUUCCUGAGCCAGCUUUCCUUCCCUUUCAUACACUGUUCUUGGACGGUGAUGAAGUGGAAACAUAUGGAAGAUUAGUUUCGUGGGAGGAGGAUAAUGAUGCUGCUGAUCUGAUGUUUACAGAAAGACAAUUCAGCCCUGGUGACGGUUUGAAAGCAUUUGAACUUCAAGAAAAGAUAUAUCCUUUCCUCAUCAGAUGUUGUGAGCUCAUUCUUCACGACUUCACCAAAGCGGUUGCUUUGCUUGAUGCAAAUAUUCCAUCAGGUAUCCCACCGGAUUCGAUCAUUGCUCCGGAGCCCACUUCAUCUACCGUCACCGAAAUACUUCCAUCUCUAGCCACCAUUUCAGCGGAAGCACCGUAUCGUUUACCAGCGAAUAUCGAUUUUGAGCGCCUCCGUGAAAUAUUUGCUGCAAGACUUGCAGCAGCAGAAGACUAUCUCUUUGAUUUGAGGGAGGAUCCUGGUUUUUUUGCUGACACAAUCAUCGAUUGGAGCGAGCAUCGGAAUGAUGCAUUGUUAGACACAAAUGGCAAUCCACAUCCAACUGGACCACACACUCAGGAUUUCUGGGGCCGCGUGGUUAGAAAUAUAAUCGGUGACGGAUAUUCCAACUACGAAACUUGGUUUCUUCUUCAUCGACAAGCUGCUCUAUUAUGCACAUUGAUGGAAAAAUACAAGGAUGAAAUUUCUUAUAACAAACAACUUCCCAAGGAAUACCUCACUGCCAUUUUGAAGUUUAGAGAACUACUCAAGAUAAGUGCGGAAGCACCGAUCAACUACCUCCAGAAUAUCCAGUCCUCACCACCCCUCCGACAUCACUUUACACGUGCUCCGCAAGCACCGGGCACAAUCAAUAUGUAUAUAAUGCCCAAAGAUGAGAGGAGUCCAUUUUUUCACAAACCAUGGGGUCUUUUGUUGAUUUUAUGGGACCGGGAGAAACGAGAUUUAUUUGGAUUGACGAAUGUCAUUGAUGCAUUUGAACAACUGAUGCAGGACCCAGAAGAAAGCAAGAAUAUCUCUUCAUAUAUUGCAGAUCGAUUCUCAGAUCUAGCCAUAUUGUCUCGAGCACUUUAUGAAGUUGAGAAUUAUCAGCCUUGGGCUGCGACUUUUGAUGACGAAUACAAUAACAACCACCAGGGAGAAGUGCUCAGGAUCACAAUGAAAGAUUUUGUUUUCAACAAAGAUUAUCUCAAGUACAUGGACUCUGUUUUGAAAGGUAUCGUACAAUACUGCAUGCUGAGUGAUGGCAAGUUCAAAUAUCCUGUCAAUAAAAAGCGUACAAAACAAAACACGGAACAGAUGAUCUUGGCUGAGAAAAAUCUCGACUUUUUCUGGGAGAAGUUUGAUGCCAACUGGAAGAAACUGGCGAAAAAGAACAUCGAUGCAUGCUUUGGAGGGCAUCCGCCAAGAAAGAGAGGAGAGCUUCAAAGAACGCCAGCAUGGGUUGAGCCCACCCAAGAUUGGGCACAUGAUGAGGAAAACAAUAAAGUCAAGACAAAAACGAAGAAAGCAAAAUCUAAGACUAAAGGGUCCACACAGCCGCUCACGCAACCUGAAACACAACCUGAGGCUCAACCCGAGAACCCCGAGCCACAGCCCAACGUCGAGCAACCUAAAGUCAAGAUCCCUCAUCACCUUAUGCGAGUGUUCAAUACAUUAUUCUUCCAGCCUGGUCAGAACAAUACACCAGGCGACGUCCCUUGGGUUGAAUUCCUAAAAGCAAUGGUACAAAUGGGCUUUGCUGCACAGAAAUUGUAUGGGAGUGUUUGGCAAUUUACACCUGUUCCAAAUGAGGCAGCGGUGAAAACAGGAGUGGAAAGAAGUAUUCAAUUUCAUGAACCGCACCCGGGCGUCAAGAUUGAUUUCGUCGUUGCUCGGAGAAUGGGAAGAAGAUUGAUGAGAAGUUUUGGAUGGUGGGGUGGUAUGUUUGAGGAGAAAUAG